AUGACAGCAGGCCCAAUUGUGUACUGCAACUCGGUGGGGGUGAGGUCGCCCAACCUGUCUGACAACGGAUCAGGGACUUCAGGCCCAAUGUACACUGACACCGCCGGUGGGCUGGUGAACAGCUCCGAGCUCAUCCAGUUCAGUGGCCAUCAGCAUUUCCGUCUCCACUUGGUACUUUCUAUACUCAGUGGAAAGGCUGUGCAGAUAGACAAGAUUCGUUCUGACGAUAAGGAUCCCAGUUUGCAAGGUUUUAAAAGACAGAAACUUUGUGCACCAGAGCCAACACUUUUGCAGACUUUGGAAUCAGCCUUAUGUCUCCUAGUGUUUGGAAGUCCGGUCUCAUGA